AGAAGACAUGGAGAAACGAAUGCAAGAGAAGGAAGAGGUCGAAAUAAUGAAACCGACCUUGUGAUCAUUUCGUGUACAACCUGAAAUGAGAGAGUUCCAAGCAGGCCCUAAGGAGUUUUGCGUUUUCAAGGAGAUAUCUUGCUAGCUAGAAGCAGCGGGUUGAUCAUCAUCCAGCCUUUGUAAACGAUGCACUCAACCCUACACAGAAGACCCAACAUUGUCAAGCUGAACAAAAAGAUAAUCGAAUAUGGAAAAAGGGGCCAAAUCGAAGAGGCCAUCAGAGUGUUCAGGGAAAUAACUCACCCCAACACCUUCACCUACAACUCCAUGAUUUCUUCAUAUGCGAAAAAUGGCAGAUUAAAGCACGCCCGUCUUCUGUUUGAUAAUAUGCCGAACAGGAACUUGGUUUCUUGGAACACAUUACUCAAUGGGUACAUUUACAAUGACCGGAUUGAGUGUGCCUGUGAGCUGUUCGAGAGAAUGCCUCAGCGGGACCAUUUCACAUAUGCAUUGAUGAUAACUUGCUAUUCGCGUUAUGGAGCGAUUGAUAAGGCAAUGGACAUUUUUUAUCGACUUCCUGAUACGACCAACGUUGCUUGUUGGAAUGCAAUGAUUACAGGUUUUGUGAAGAACGGGAGGUUGAGUGAAGCGAAGAAAUUGUUCGAUAGGAUGCCUGUUAGGAAUUUAGUUUCAUGGAAUUCAAUGCUUUUGGGUUAUACUCACAAUGGGGAAAUGGAAAUGGGGUUGAAGUUUUUCAAUGAGAUGGGCGAGAAGGAUGUUGUUUCAUGGAACCUACUGGUGGGUGGAUUUGUUGAGGUGGGUGACUUGGAUUCUGCACGGGAGUUCUUUGAAAAGAUUCCUUGUCCAAAUGCUGUUUCAUGGGUCACGAUGUUGAGUGGAUAUGCGCAUUAUGGUUAUAUAUCGGAUGCUCGGAGGGUAUUUGAGAAAAUGACAGGAAAAAAUUUGGUUGCAUGGAAUGCAAUGCUGGCUGCCUAUGUCCAGAAUGGGCAUAUUGAUGAUGCUUGCAUUUUUUUUAAUGAAAUGCCAGAGAGAAAUGCAGUUUCUUAUACUACCAUGAUUAAUGGGUUUGUGCGCAUAGGAAAGCUUGACACAGCAAAUAGAUUGUUAGAUACUAUGCAAUGCAAAAAUGUGUGUGCUCAAACAGCGAUGAUUUCAGGAUAUAUACAACAUAACAUGAUAGAUGAAGGUCGUAAAAUCUUUGAUCAGAUGAGCUCUCGAGACAUUGCUUGUUGGAACACAAUGCUUGCAGGCUACACUCAAUGUGGGAUGAUGGAAAAAGCUUUCCAUCUAUUUCAGAAGAUGGAUCAAAAGAGUGUUGUUAUUUGGAACACCAUGAUUGCUGGGUAUGCUCAAGUGGGAAAGAUAGAAAAGGCUUUAGAGAUGUUAGAGAACAUGAAGGAAAGGAAUGUUGUUUCUUGGAACUCUCUAAUUUCAGGUUGUACACGAAAUGGUUUGUAUGUAGAUGCUCUCAAGUUGUUUGUUUCAAUGGAACACGACGGCAAGAAACCGGAUCAGUCUACAUUUUCUUUGGUAUUAAGUUCAUGCGCUAAUCUUUCUCUUGAAUAUCUUGGGAGGCAAUUUCACCAAGCAAUCAUGAGAAAUGUCGUGUCUUGGAAUUCUUUGAUUGCUGGCUAUGCUUUAAACGGAUGUGGAAAAGAAGCAGUCAAACUUUUCCAGGAUAUGGAAAAUGAUGGAUACAGCUUCUCUUCAUCUUGGUUAAUCGUAUGUUCUCGAUACAGGCUGCAUUCUUCCAUUGCAUUGGAAUAUGAGGACAUCCUUCUGCAUCUUAGCAGUAUAAAAUCAAAGGCCAUGUGGAUUAAACAGGAAUUUGCUCGUUGAAGAGAUUUGAGCUUCAAAUUGUCCAGGAUCUUCCGCCGUAUCACUUGGAUACCAUUGUAGAAGUUUCAGACAGCUGUGCUCAAAUCUAGACAAUCCCACAUCUUUGAAAAUGGUGCUCCAUGACAUUGAGGGACUAUUUAUAUUCUAUAAUGUGGUAACAUACAGACCAUGGAGUUAUUCAAAAUUUGAGCGUCUAAUUUCGAGCUCACUAACACUAGCGGCCUACACAGUGGCCUGUUAUCUUGCAAAGCCACCAUACUAGCUGAUAUAUGACAAGCCAAAAUCUUCGAGCUUCUAUAUUAGAUCAAACAACCAAAUUCUGAGCUGGAGAUAGAAAUAAGCAAUGUUGUUUAAAGCGAGAGGUCAAAUUCCGAAGAAGAAGAUUGUGGUUCAGUUUGUGAGACAAUGGCCGAUGAUAAUUUUGAAGAUGAGAUGCCACAUUAGAAGGAAAUAAUAAAAGCGAAGAAUAAUAAGGUAAAUAGAAAGUUUGUUAAGAAGGAUCUACAACCUAAGGACGGGAGAGUGAACAACUAUUGUAGUGUGAAUGAAACCAUUUGUAGAGUGAAAAGUGUGUUAGCAGAGAAAAAUAUUGAGUUUGAGGUAACAUAAAUCAUUCCUAUUGCGAAGGAGCUUCAGGAUCAUUGUGUGGUGUAAAUGAACAUGUGGUGAUGGCUGCGUCCAACAGAUCAAAGACCAUUGCUCGUACCACACAAAAAGGUGGCACUGGUGUCAACAUUCAAGGCCAUCUAUAGCAAGAAAGUUGUCACUAGGAAGCUCAAAUAAGAAGAAAGGAGUAUCACCUAAAAAAAUGAAACAAAAAAGUGGAGUGAUGAAGCACUAUAUAUGUCUCCAAAUGAAGGGCUCAAUGCCAAGGAGAGGAAGCAUUCCUAGAAAUGAAAAGUAUCGUAAAGAGAUGCUUGCUCAGGUGGGUGUUGGAUCCAAAAACUUUCUUGAAUCGAAAUGCAAUGAUAAAGAGAUGAAGUUGGGGUCAAUCAUGUAGAAGCUACAUUUACAGAAUGUCCCAAAAUGGUGAACCAUGACACUGAAAAUGAUGAAAGAGGAAUUACGUUGAGUAAACUUGUUUGUACAAU